GUGUGUGUGUGUGUGUGUGUGUGUGUGUGUUGGUAUUUAUGGUUUAACGGGACAUUUGACCUGACUACACACCGACAUUCCAGGGACCUUAGGGGAUUAUAAGGACUAUGCCGAAGUCCCCAUAAUUCAGAGAGUGUAUUUGCAUUUGUUAGUGUCUAAACAACAUAAUUUCUCAUUUUCAUUGAAAGUCCUUAUGUACCACUUGACCUGACUUUCAGUGUAUCCCAGUGUAUAGAACAGCGCACCCUAGUUCAAGGUCCUGUAAUGCACCUUCUUACACAUUUUUGAUACACACGGUGCAAAUUCGGCGGGUUCUAUUGUGAUUGGCUGGUUCGAAUUUGUGGGCGUGGCCUACAGGGCGUUGGCUUUAAGCUCCGCCCACACACACUUUGGGUCCGGCUAAUACACCUUCCCUUUAAAAGUUAAAUCACACAGUAGCAUGUCCGAGUGGAUAUCCACAAUUCUGGAGGAAUAAAUACACACAGGUAAGCUUUAAAACUUGUAAAUUGGCUAAUUUUUUGUUUGAGAAAGAUUUUUGCAAGUAACAGCACCUUAUAAAAGACACUGUGUGUUAACAGAUGUGCACUCAGGUAGAGAGCUAGCGUUAGCUGCAGCUAACGUUAGCUGCAGCUAACAUUAGCUCCUGGGUAGGCUGGUGGAGAUGAGACUGCUAGCUGCAAUUAGCCACUUCUUUUUCACAAAAGAGAAGUAACAUGAGGAGGUAUGAUGUUAUGCUCUAUUGUAUUUAACUGUCAGGCUGUAGUGAUGUGUUUUUGUUGACAUGUGGAAGCUGAGCUAAGGUCUGGAGAGUCUGUAGUUUUAAGUUUUGGAGAGGGCCUCCUUGUUAAGCAGCACAUAGGGAGUAAUUUUUCUCUGUGUUAGUGAAGAGGACCGCAGGUGAGGGAGAGGAGAGAAGUAGCUAACACUACACUGCUCUGGUUUGGUGAGUUUUGACUGAAAACAAGUAAGAAACAAUGGAGGGAAUGUGUAAUACUUUCUUUGUGGUAAAUUAGUUAGGUAAGCUGUGGCUGGGCCUCUGUUUUUAGCCAAACCUUGUGCUGCUUGUGCUCUUGUAUGCUCUUGUACGCUUAAACAGGUAGAUAACAGAUUUUACCAUAGAGGUAAUUUGGCUCCUUUUAAGUGGUCUUAUUAAACUGUAAAGUGAGAUGCAAGAAAAAUGUGUUAUGUUAAUGUUUGUUUUGAUUUGAAAAUUACCUGUAAUGUACAUGCCAGGCCUAAAUCUUUUCAUUAGCUAAGGACAAGGAUGAACUGUGAGUGCAGUUUAUAUUUGAAUUUGAUCCUUCUGGGAAUGCCAGUUUGAACUACAUAAUGCUUUUUUUUGAUGAAACAAGCUGAGACUGUUUUCUUGUAUUCUCUAUUGUUGUUGUCAUUAACUAGUUGCUUUUGGGUAACAGUAAGAACAUAAUCAGAUGUCAGAAGCAGUUCAGUAGCAACAUUCUAAGCCUUGGUCCUUAUCUCACUGAAGGAUCCAAGUGUUUUUUCCCACAUCAUGAUAAAAGGGGCUGAGCGUGUUUCUUCCAGCUGUUUGAAACUACUGAUUGAUUAUGAGUUUAAUACCUGCACCAUCAGAGAGCAGUAGGAUCAAUAUUUGUGUCUGCAAAGAAAGAAAAUUGCUGCAUUUACACACGGAGCAACAGUAGUAACUUCAAUAAUUAGGUUUAACCAUAAAUUAUAUUGUAUUAUUGAAAAAGGGCCCAUCAGGAUCUAACAGCAGGCCAUACUCUUUGAUUUUAUGCUAUUAAUUAAGUUUUAGUCUGUUAAUACAUUACUACAAAUAUUGCAUGCUUACCGCAGCACUCUCUAGCAACCAAUCUCUGUCUGAAAAAAUGGAAUGCCGUCACUUUAAUGGAUGAACGAAGUAAUGUUUCAUGUCCUGUAUCUGAAAGGAGUUUUAGAAACUAAUGUUGUGGGUGAUUUUGUAUACUGUGGGAUAGCACUAUAUGUCUUCUUAAAGCUUAGAGUCAGAAUGAAUUGGAGUCACUGGUCCAACUCAGUUUUACAUUACAACAAACAUUAUCCUUCUCUAUUUAAAUUGUAAUUCUUGUGCAGACUCUCACCUGACCUUCUCUUUGGUAAUAAAAAAAGUAUUGCUACACUUAAUAUUGGUCCUUUUGCAUAUGGAAUGAAAUAAUUGUAGUUGGUGACACGUAGAUUUCUGAAGGAACAAUAAAUAAAAUGUGAACGCUGCUGUUGUGAAGACAUCCACUGGAUUCUAUCCGUAUCUUAUAAGUAUGUUACUGGUUUGUACAGCGAAAGAUUUCAGUGCUUUGAUAAUGCUUGUCUCUACAGAUAAAUAUGAUAACUUGACAGUCAUCUUCCUUGAUAAUUCAGGAUUUUGAUGCAGGGCAGUUAAAAUGCAACGGCGAAGACGUAUAAAUCCAAAGGAGGAUGCAAAAUUUUAUGUUACUGCUGGAAGGGACAAAGCGGGACUUGACAUCCAAUACAUCAGUGCCUUCAAAGGACGUGGCAUCUUUGCAACUACUCCAUUUGAAAAAGGAGAGUUUUUGCUGGAGUAUCGAGGUGAACUAAUAAACAAGCAGGAAUGCGAGAAGAGACAGAGGCUUUACCACAGCAGUCUUAAAGUGUUCAUGUUCGAGUUCCGUUUUAAUGGAAAACUGUGGUGCGUUGAUGCUGCAAAAGAGGAUGGAUCACUUGGAAGACUUGUAAAUGAUGACCAUAUCAACCCUAACACCAAGAUGAAGUACUUCAGCGUGCAAGGAAAGCCCCAUCUAUGUUUGUUUGCAAUACGGGACAUAAGUCCAGGAGAGGAGAUCACCUAUAAUUAUGGUGAUUCUGACUGGCCAUGGAGGAGCAAGGAUCUCGAUGAGGAAAUGCCUCAGAAAAGUCCAGAGACCGAAAGUCCCCCAUCAACAAAAGAAGUUGUUGAACAGAAGAAGACAAGUGAGAAAAUCCAGACAAGUCCAGUGCUUGAUGUACUCACCGUGGUUGGAAAGGCUCUCGAUGAGAAAAUAAUUCAGGAAACUCCCAAGACCACAAGUUCCACAUCAACAAAUGAAACUGUUGAACAGAUGACAAGUGACAAUAGCCAGAUUGAAAUGGCUAUGAGCAACUUGAGCCAGGCAAGGCCAGUGCUUGACCUAGUCACCAGAGUUGAAAAGGAUCUUGAUGAGGAAAUGCCUCAGAAGAGUCCAGAGACCACAAAUUCCCCAUCAACAAAGGAAGUUGUUGAACAGAUGACGAAUGAGAAAAGCCAGAUUGAGAGGACUGUGAGUGACCUGAACCAGACAAGUCCAGUACUUGAUGUACUCACUGUGGUUGGAAAGGAUCUCGAUGAGGAAAUGCCUCAGAAGAGUCCAGAGACCACAAAUUACCCAUCAACAAAGGAAGUUGUUGAACAGAUGACAAGUCACAAAAGCCAGAUUGAGAGGACUGUAAGUGACCUGAACCAGACAAGUCCAAUGCUUGAUGUACUCACCGUGGUUGGAAAGGAUCUCGAUGAGGAAAUGCCUCAGAAGAGUCCAGAGACCACAAAUUACCCAUCAACAAAGGAAGUUGUUGAACAGAUGACAAGUCACAAAAGCCAGAUUGAGAGGACUGUAAGUGACCUGAACCAGACAAGUCCAAUGCUUGAUGUACUCACCAUGGUUGGAAAGGAUCUCGAUGAGGAAAUGCCUCAGAAGAGUCCAGACACCACAAAUUCCCCAUCAACAAAGGAAGUUGUUGAACAGAUGACAAGUCACAAAAGCCAGAUUGAGUGGACUGUAAGUGACCUGAACCAGACAAGUCCAAUGCUUGGUGUACUCACUGUGGUUGGAAAGGAUCUCGAUGAGGAAAUGCCUCAGACGAGUCCAGACACCACAAAUUCCCCAUCAACAAAGGAAGUUGUUGAACAGAUGACAAGUCACAAAAGCCAGAUUGAGUGGACUGUAAGUGACCUGAACCAGACAAGUCCAAUGCUUGAUGUACUCACUGUGGUUGGAAAGGAUCUCGAUGAGGAAAUGCCUCAGAAGAGUCCAGAGACCACAAAUUCCCCAUCAACAAAGGAAGUUGUUGAACAGAUGACGAAUGAGAAAAGCCAGAUUGAGAGAACUGUGAGUGACCUGAACCAGACAAGUCCAGUACUUGAUGUACUCACUGUGGUUGGAAAGGCUCUCGAUGAGAAAAUAAUUCAGGAAACUCCCAAGACCACAAGUUCCACAUCAACAAAUGAAACUGUUGAACAGAUGACAAGUGACAAUAGCCAGAUUGAAAUGGCUAUGAGCAACUUGAGCCAGGCAAGGCCAGUGAUUGACCUAGUCACCAGAGUUGAAAAGGAUCUCGAUGAGGAAAUGCCUCAGAAGAGUCCAGAGACCACAAAUUCCCCAUCAACAAAGGAAGUUGUUGAACAGAUGACAAGUCACAAAAGCCAGAUUGAGAGGACUGUAAGUGACCUGAACCAGACAAGUCCAAUGCUUGAUGUACUCACCGUGGUUGGAAAGGAUCUUGAUGAGGAAAUGCCUCAGAAGAGUCCAGAGACCACAAAUUCCCCAUCAACAAAGGAAGUUGUUGAACAGGUAUAA